AUGCCCUCAUCGACGCAACCCCACCCUACCCAACGCGAAAUCGAACCGCACCCAACGCCCCCAGAAUCCUACACCCCGCACCCCGAAAACUCCCUCCCCCUGCCGCCGCACCGCGCCUCGAUCCUCCAGAAAAUCCAAUCCCUCUACCGCGGCAGCGCCUCGGAAUCCGACAUGGCCGUCUACGCCGAGAAAUCCAUCUACGACGACCCGUUCAGCUACUGCGACACGCGGUACAAGAUCGCGGGGCAGUGGUACGGGAUCCCGAAGCUGUUUGCAAAGUCCGAGACGCUUGCGACGGAGGUUGUGCAGAGUGACGAUGAUGAAGUGGUGUUCAAGCAGAGGCAGCGGUGGACGCUCAGGGGGUUGGGGGAGGGGCUGGGGACGAGGACGGUCGAUAGCCUUGUGAGUUUGAGGCUUGAGGAUGUGGGGGAUGGGGAGGGCGAGAAGGUUGUGUACCACAAGGAUAUGUGGAGUCGGAGGGAUUAUGACCAUGAGGGGUUUGGGGCGGUGGUUAAGAAGUUGAAUGGGGAUAAAUUGACGCAUAUUACGAAACCUCCCGAGUCGAUAUAG